AUGACGCCUUCUGCCUCCUCAGAAAGCGUGGGAGUUGAUGCUGAUGAGCAAAUCGCCGAGUGGAUUCUCUCUUGUCCCAUUUCUCUCGGCACAGAAUUACCCGGGGAUUUACUGUCUAUUCUUAUUUCUAUCUCGACUGGUACCAGUGAAUACCCUCAGAGGUCAACGCCGCCGGGGCCAACAUUUCGGAAAUGUUUGAAGCAUAUCGACAACGCUAUAGCAGGCCAACCUACAGCACAACCUACAGCACAAUCAGCAAAAGAAGGCCAUGUUGAAGACUUGAACAAAAUCAGCAAUAAUCUUCUGACCCUGUCUCAAAAGCUCUGCGACACAUUGCGCUGCUCAGCAGAUCUACAUUGCUUAUCGGAGGCUCCGAAAUUUCCGGAAGCUCCGAAGGUGACCCAGGGAAUUAUUGAGAAAGGAUGGUGCUCAGAUGACAAGGCUGUCGAAAAUAGCCAGUGGAAUGCAAGUGAGUUUAUUCUUCCAUAUGGUUUUGACUCCGUGAUGGAGCUGUUGAGUUCGGAAACGACGUGA